CAGGACCCGCCGCCUUCUAAAAGCUCAAAUUUCAACUGUUUGCUCAAACGCCGUUGCUUAGCCGCGUUCCCUUUGAGUUCACGUCUGAAAUUCGUGGUUACUAGCAGCAUCAAACAGAAGGAGAAUGUUGCAGAAAGGGAUCGAGAUGCCAGGCCAGUUGUUCCCCGGCCGCUGGUCGGUGAAUUGGAGAAAUCCGAGUCGACUGGGAACUGGGAACUGGAACUAGGUCUGGGGAAGUGGGUUCUAAUUGGACUUGGCCCCCCAUGGAAGAAGCUUCCUGAAAGAUAAGAGACUCAUUGGCACAACCUCUCUGGCCUUUGUUAUUUGCAACAUGGAUAAGGUGUGUUCAUCCAAGUCCAGUGACUUAGCCAUCGCUUUCAGGAGCAGCUCGUUCAUCUCUGCCAACUUUGCUGUGUAUUCAUGUUUCGAUAAACUUUCUAUGUUGACCAAUCUUGAAGUUCUUGAUUUGAGUUAUAACAAGAUCAAUAACUCUAAAAUUCUAGAAUUUAUUGGUGGAAUUCCAUCUUUAAAGUCUCUAAAUCUUAGAGAUAAUAGCUUGGGAAGCUCAGUUGAUUUGACAAGUUUUGAAAAAUUUUCUACGUUGACCAAUCUUGAAGUUCUUGAUUUGAGUUUCAAUUGGAUUGAUAACUCCAAAAUUCUAGAAUUUAUUGGUAGAAUUUCAUCUUUAAAGUCUCUAAAUCUUGGAGGUUAUAGCUUGAGAAACUCGGUUGAUUUCACAAGUUUUGAAAAACUUUCUCUGUUGACCAAUCUUGAAGUUCUUGAUUUGAGUUCAAACCAGAUCAAUAACUCUAAAAUUCUAGAAUUUAUUGGAGGAAUUUCAUCUUUAAAGUCUCUAAAUCUUGGCAAUAAUAGUUUGGGAAGCUCGAUUAAUUUGACAAGUUUCGAAAAACUUUCUAUGUUGACCAAUCUUGAAAUUCUUGAUUUGAGUGAUAACAUCAUCAAUAACUCCAAAAUUCUAGAAUUUAUUGGUGGAAUUUCAUCUUUAAAGUCUCUAAAUCUUAGACAUAAUAGCUUGGGAAGCUCCAUUGAUUUGACAAGUUUCGAAAAAUUUUCUACGUUGACCAAUUUUAAAGUUCUUGAUUUGGGUGAAAAUAGCAUCAAUAACUCCAAAAUUUUAGAAUUUAUUGGUGAAAUUUCAUCUUUGAAGUCUCUAAAUCUUAGAGGUAAUAGCUUGAGAAGCUCAAUUGAUUUGACAAGUCGGAACCAGGAAUCAAAAUUGACGAAUCUAGAAGUUCUUGAUUUAUCUUAUAAUUUUAUAACCAAUAUCAUAUGGUCUUCUUUAAAAGAAUUUUCUUCGUUGAAAGUAUUGGAUUUGUCUUGGAACUACAUGAACGAGAGUAUUUCUACUCAAGACUUAGCAAACGUGAGCCACUUGGAAGAAUUAUACUUGGAGGGUGCUACCCUACCUAAUGAUUUUCUUUCAAAUAUUGGUGCCCUGACAUCACUUCAAGUUUUGUCAUUGACUUGGUCAGGACUUAUUGGGACCCUGCCCUCUCAUCAAGGUUUGUGUGAAUUGAAGACUCUUCAAGAGAUUGACUUGAGCUCUAAUGGACUAGGGGGUCAGUUGCCUUGGUGCUUGGGAAACUUGACAUCUCUUAGGUUUCUAGAUAUCUCUGGCAACCAAUUUAAGGGGAACAUUGCAUUGUCUCCUCUUGCCAAUAUCAUAUCCUUAGAAUAUCUUAGGCUUUCAAAUAACAAAUUUCUAGUCCCAAUCUCAUUCAAGUCAUAUUACAACCUCUCCAAACUUACGGUCCUGGAAAGUGUCAACAACAUACUUUUGGAAGAAGAGGACAUUCUUGGCUCAACCCCAAGUUUCCAAUUGCUUCAAGUCCAUCUUUCUAGUUCUGAACAUGGGAGAAACACUCCCAUUUCUCUACCCAAAUUUUUCUACUAUCAAAAUCAACUCGAAAUGGUUGAGCUCUCUGGAUUUGAUUUUGGAGGAAUAUUCCCAAGGUGGUUGUUGGAGAAUAAUACUGGACUACUAACACUUACCUUGACAAAGAAUUCAAUUUUUGAACCUUUUCAAUUGCCCUCGUCUCCAAUGACAGAACUUGUAACAUUAGAUAUCUCCAACAAUAAUUUCUAUGGUGUCAUCCCAUACAAGAUUGGUAGUUUUUUCCCCAAGUUAAAAUUGCUAAACAUGUCCAGAAAUAACUUUGAAGGCGUGAUUCCAUCUUCAUUAGGUGACAUGACCUCUCUAUAUAUUCUAGACUUGUCAAAUAACCAAUUAUCCAGUAAAAUUCCUGUACACUUGGCAAUGGGUUGUAGCUUCUUGGAAGUGCUGAAACUAUCAAGCAACAACUUGACAGGCCCUAUACUACCCCCUCAAAAUAACUUACCAAACUUAUGGCUGUUGUAUUUGGAUGAUAAUAAGUUCACAGAAAUCCCACACUACUUAUCCAACAGUAGUGGCUUGAAAAUGUUGAAUCUUAUUCAUAAUCAUCUUGAAGGUGUGUUUCCUCUUGAGUUUUGUCAAUUUGAUGGACUACAACUAUUGGAUCUUUCUGACAACAAUUUCACUGGGACAAUACCAUCUUGCUUCAAUGUGGAAGACCUAAAGCAAAUUCAACUGUCCAAUAAUAGGCUAAAUGGACCAUUUCCGGAGGUGUUCCAUCAAUUAAUGAACAACAUAAAAAUGAUAGAACUUUCAAAUAACCAUUUUAAUGGCAGCAUUCCACAUUGGAUCGACAGUCUUUCCUGGUUAAGCAUUCUUAUCUUGAAAAAUAACCACUUUGAAAGUAAUAUCCCAGAUCAGAUUUGCCACUUGUCUAGAUUAACCUUGAUUGAUCUUUCUUCCAAUAAGUUUUCAGGCAACAUUCCUAGUUGCUUGAAUAAUAUCCCAUUUGAUAUAGAAAAGGAAUUAGAACCGUUCAUACCUUCAACCAGUCAAAUUAUGGAAGCACCCUUGACGCCUAACCUAAAGAUUUAUAGUCAUCGUGGUUACUCAAUGCUUGUUACCAGCAUAGAUGACAUCUUGUCCGCAAAUCAAGCAUUUUUCUUAUCACAAGUGGAGUUCACAACCAAAGGAAUGGACUUGCCCUUCACAGGAGAGCCUCUGUCCCUUUUUUCAGCAAUUGAUCUCUCCAACAACAAAUUAGUUGGCCACAUACCACCUGAAAUUGGCAGCCUUAGCAAAAUCAAAGCACUGAACCUCUCCCACAACAACUUGAUUGGAGGAAUCCCAACAACAUUUUCCAAGUUACAGAAUAUAGAGAGCUUGGAUCUUUCUCACAACAACUUGGAUGGGAAUAUCCCUUCUCAACUUACUAGUCUAUACUCACUGGGGACGUUCAAUGUGUCUUACAACAAUUUCAGUGGAAGGAUACCUCAGGCAACAAACCAAUUUGGAACUUUCGACUCAAGUAGCUAUAUUGAGAAUCCAUUUCUUUGUGGAGAACCAUUACCAAAUAAUUGCAUAGAUUCGCCUCCAUCAGUUCCAUCAGCCAAUAAUAAUGUUAUUGUGAAGGAUGUUUGGAAGGAGUAUACCGGCUGGCCGCUGAACGACAUGGAGAGAUCUUACAAGUUCAUGGUUAAACACGUACAACUUUGGAAGGUUGCAUUUCACAGUACCUCUCCCCGAUGGGUACACUCUGUCUACCUUGCAGCCAUUGCGCCUUUUAUGCCAAGUAUGUUCCUUUUUGUUCUUGUUAACCAUUUGACCUCUACUCCAAACUUACAUAUUUUCUCACAGAUUUUCCAUGUUUGGUGGCGAGUAUUGGGUGUUUUUGGCUUGCCAAUCAGGCCCUCCUUUUGCUGUGCUGUUCUUGUCAAGGAUGAUUUAAGGGUUGAACUCGAGAUGGAUCCUGAAUUGCCUGCAGUGUUGCUGAUGGGGGGUGGUGAAGGAAUGGGUCCAGUUAAGAAAACUGCAAAGGCCCUUGGAGAAUCUCUAUUUGACAAAGAACUUGAGAAACCAAUAGGGCAGCUGAUUGUUAUUUGUGGUCGUAACAAAGACCUAGCUUCUACACUGCUCUCGCUUGAGUGGAAAAUCCCGGUGAAGAUUAGAGGGUUUGAGACUCAGAUGGAGAAGUGGAUGGGUGCUUGCGACUGCAUUAUUACGAAAGCAGGGCCCGGUACAAUUGCAGAGGCAUUGAUCAGAGGGCUUCCUAUCAUUCUCAACGACUAUAUUCCUGGACAGGAAAAGGGUAACGUUCCCUAUGUGGUAGAAAACGGUGCUGGUGUCUUCUCCCGGAGCCCCAAGGAAACAGCCAGGCUUGUGGCCGAAUGGUUUAGCACCAAAACAGAUGAACUCAAGAGAAUGUCAGAGAAUGCCCUCAAACUCGCCCAACCAGAGGCCGUUUUCAACAUCGUGAAGGACAUUCACGAACUAUCAUGCCAGCGGGGGCCCCUAGCCAGCGUCCCCUACGAGCUAACAGCAUCGUUCUCCAGCCUAAUUUAACCGAUCAAACCCACAUCUCCCGUUGGGGCUAACAUCUGAUCUACUAAGUAAAUGUGUACAGGUAGUAGACCUCCCAUUAAGUCUCUUAUCAUUCUUUGGUAUUGAAAAGUCUUUCUACGCAUUUAAGUUGCCAAAUUUUGCUGGGCAAGAUCAGAUCUGAUGUUUGGAAAGGUUGGGAUUAGUUUCUCUGGUAUUCGAGCAGAAGAGAAGUUUUUAUGGUUGUAUAUCUAGUAUCCUGUUUUGCGGAAUGAAUCCAAAUUUCCAUGUAAUCUCCCUUUGUUGUGUUGCUUCUGGAAGCUUCUUUCAUUGUUGAUACUCCAGUGCUUUCCUUAUUGUCAUUCUCUCCAUGCUUAUACGGCAAGAGUUGUUGAGCUGUUGAAGAUUA